AUGUACCCCAGCAACAAGAAGAAAAAGGUGUGGAGAGAGGAGAAAGAACGUUUACUGAAGAUGACCUUAGAGGAGAGACGCAAAGAAUACAUAAGGGACUAUGUUCCCCUGAACACCAUCCUAUCGUGGAAGGAAGAGAUGAAGGGCAAGAGCCAAAAUGAUGAAGAAAAUACUCAGGAAACAUCACAGGUGAAGAAAAGUUUGAGUGAAAAAGUUUCCCUCUAUAGAGGUGACAUCACAUUGCUAGAGGUAGAUGCUAUAGUCAAUGCGGCAAAUGCCAGUCUUCUUGGAGGAGGAGGUGUGGAUGGCUGUAUUCACCGAGCAGCUGGCCCCUGUUUACUGGCAGAAUGUCGUAACCUGAACGGCUGUGAAACUGGACAUGCAAAAAUCACAUGUGGCUAUGACCUGCCGGCAAAAUAUGUCAUCCAUACUGUAGGACCAAUAGCCAGAGGCCAUAUUAAUGGUUCCCACAAGGAAGACCUUGCAAAUUGCUAUAAAUCAUCCCUGAAGCUGGUGAAAGAAAAUAACAUCCGAUCAGUUGCAUUUCCCUGCAUCUCAACCGGCAUUUAUGGAUUCCCGAAUGAGCCUGCUUCCAUCGUUGCCCUCAGCACCAUUAAGGAAUGGCUGGCCAAGAAUCAUCACGAGGUGGACCGGAUCAUCUUCUGUGUCUUCUUAGAAGUUGACUUUAAAAUCUACAGAAAGAAAAUGGGCGAGUUUUUCCCUGCAGAUGAUAAUAAUGAAGAAGAUGUUAACGUGAAAGAAGAUUCAGAUGAGAACAGUCCAGAGGAAAAACAAAGCACAGAAGAAACGGAAGGGCAGAGCCAAGAAGCAGAUGGUGUCGAUGUGGCAACUGUGCCCAGCCCCGCUUCAGAAGAGGCCACUGAAGUCUGUAAAGAUGAAGAUUCUGCAAAGGACGAUAGUAUUACAAAAGACGAUGAAGUAACAGAUCAUUCUGUGUGUGACCAAGAUCAUCCCAAUGGACAAGAGCAUGACUCAGCGAAGAAUGAGAUAAAAAUUGAGGCAGAGUCCCAGAGCUCACAUAUGGAAACUGAAGAGCUUUCACCAAACCAAGAUGAUGCCACGACUGUUGAGCAACCAGAAGUGAUCCUGCUAACAGAUGACCAAGAGGAAAAAGAAGGUGAAAAAGCUCAAGACGAGGACACACCUAGAGUUCCUGUGCAAAACGAAGGCUCUGGCUACACAGCAAACUCUCCGAGUCCUGAUGUUGAAAUGAAUAGUCAGGUUGACAGUGUAAAUGACCCAACAGAGAGUCAGCAAGAAGAUUAA